AUGUUAAAAAAAAAAGACAGUUUAGAAGACUAUUAUUACUCAAGGUCAGAAGGAGAAAGCAAUAGAGGGGAAAUGUCACAAAAUACACAUGAUAAUCAUUUUGAAAACAGAUAUGUCUCUGAAAAAGACUAUUACGAUUAUGAAAAGGGUAAUUAUGGACACAAUUAUAAGAAGCGUGAUUAUGGAAACGAAUAUGAUACAAAUGUCGAUUAUUAUGAACCAGUAUACGGCAGAAUCAAUAAUAAUAGUAAUAAGCGAGAAAAUUUUGAUCAAUUAAAAAACGAUCAUUAUUCUUAUAAUAAUCCGAGUAAUGACAGAAACAGAAACGAGUUUGCAAACCACUAUGAUACAGAAAAGGAUUAUUAUUAUAACUAUAAUAGUAAGUAUGGUGAUGAGUACUAUAAAGCUGGUAACUAUCAAGCUGGUAACUAUAACGAUAAUUACUAUAAAGCUGGUAACAAUAACGAUAAUUACUACAACGGUGGUUACCAUAACGAUAAUUACUAUAACGGUGGUAGCUAUAACGAUAAUUACUAUAGAGAUGGUUACCAUAACGAUAAUUACUAUAGCGGUGGUUACCAUAACGAUAAUUACUAUAGCGGUGGUUACCAUAACGAUAAUUACUAUAGCGAUGGUUACUAUGGGAAAUAUGACUACAACAGAGAUUACCAUCAAAGGGAAGGAUUUCCUUUGCAACAAAAGAGUAAAAUGCCAUUACAUAAACUGCUGUUAUGUGGAAAUUUUCCUGGUAGUGAGAAGUACAAUAAGGUAAAGGAAAAUAAAUCCUCGAGUUUUCCGAUAUUUAACAUUUUCAAAAAAAUUGACGCAAAAUUGGAAUCGAAAAUAAUGAAAAUUUUCCUAUCCAACAAAGAUCUUACAGGAGUAGGAAGUGAACUAGGAGUCCCCCAAAAAAAGCAAAAUAAAAUUGGAGGAAUGAAAAAAUUAGUGUGUCCAAUUAUUAUGCUAGGCAUAUCGAUUGUUGUAAUGGCUAUGAUUCAUAGAUUUGAGAUGGUUUCUGUAUUGUCUCUAGUACUUAUUAUAGCACUAAUAUACAUUUCUACUAAAUUAAAUAAAUUUCAACAUUUAUAUAGGCAAUAUAUAAAAUCCAUUGGACCUAAUUACAGAUAUCCAUCAUAUUAG